CGGCUGAGCGCCCAGCCCGACCGGCCGCGCCUGAGGGAGAGCAGGUCGACACCGUCCGUUCGCUGAAGGGAGCCGCAUCUUCGACGUCGCGGAACGGUCAAUGGGAACGAUGGACAACACCCCGGGCUUCGACAUGGAGACGCGGGACCCGAACAACCUCAACCUCCACCUGCAGGUCAUGUGGGAUGACGUCAUCGGUGAGCCGGAGGGCAUCCGCAGUCGAGACUGCACCUGGCGCACCUCCUACAAGUGUUUCCGCGGCACCAAGCACUGCUGCUAUCGACUGCUGUCCUGUAUCCUGGGACCGUGGAUGGCCUGCUGCCUCGGCUGCCAGUUCGCCUGCCUGGCGUUCCAGCACAUCUGGUGCAACACGCCGUGCCUGCGCCAGUGCAAGAUCAACUGCAACUUCAUCCGCGCCGUAAACCGCAUUUGCGCGCAGGCCGUACUGGCGCCGUGCUUCGACGUGUGCGGUGCGAUGUGCCAGCGAAUCAGGGUGCGGCACGGCCCGCUGCCGGCCGACGAUCCGAAGGAGGAGGACCUCUUCGUGGUGUAGGCUGCCGUCGCCGCUGCCUGCUCAGCUGUGCUCGCGUGGGAAGAAAGCAGUGGGGUCUGCGACGCGAACAGUGUCUCCCGCUUUCUUUUUUGGUGUUAAAUAUUUAACCCUAUUCCCUGUGAGGUGUGAGAUUUAUGUUAGUCUGCGCGGAAAGUGGAUUUUGCCACAUAUUCCUUCUCCCCCUCCCCCUAUCUUGACAACCGCUGAUCCGGUUGGACUGAACAAACGCACGUAGAUUUGUCCCAUCAAGACCUUUGUUUUUAGGCACCUCUUAUUCGAAAAGUUUUUGAUAGGGCGCCAGAAUUAAACAGAAACACUGCGGAAUUUGGUAUGCUUUUUGGAUGGCUGCUCUGUCCGUGUCCCAUAAUCAGUUUGCGUGAGGUAAACGCGGUCCGGUUUGAAACGCAUCUAGAGACAUUGCCUUCAUUUUUUCGCAAACUCGCCAUUUGGCGAAUCAACGAAAGAUCUCAAACGAUCUUUGCAGCACAUUACUGAGGGUUUUUCACAUACUGCAGGCAAUAGUCAUGCAUUUAUACUUCCUCGUUUUGUGUUUGGUAGAUGUAAUGGUCUGAGGAAUGGUGAACUCGGCCAGUAUGAGUACAAUGCCUAUUAUGCAAUGGUUCUCCCAAUGCACGCCAUAUUUAUUACACUCUGGAAUGAACAGAGGCGAAAUUACUCAUGUUAUUCGUAGAGAUGGCUCUUACCACUAAAAAUAAAAGGUACAACCAUUGGUAAAGCUGCCAGCGGGUGGAUUUUUAUGAUGCAUGGACACGAUUAGAUAAGUAUACGGCUAGAUUCGUUUCCCAUUUAUUUUGCCCAGAUUGGAUGGAAAUAUACCUCAAGCUUUUGCUGGCAGUGACUUUUUUGUGGUGCGGAAGGCAAAACCGCCUGCGGUGAGUUUUUUGUGUUGAAAAUCUGACACAUUGCGCGUAUCAAGGAAACUUUGCUGGCAGUAGGUGCAGGGCAGAAAUGUAGCCAGUGCACCAGCGACCAGUGCGUUCCCAUUUCAGUAGCUGUGGGCGUCCCUGCCAGAAACGUUCUGUGCAUGUCCAUUGCUUGUCGUGCAUGUGACUUAUUGGAUAUGCAUCGUUUAGUCUACCCAAAAAUACAAAGGAACUGUGGUGGACAUGUAAGCUCCUGUUGAACGUCAUGCACGACGGAUUUACUCCCCAAAAUACCGGCCUGAACCCGCCCCUGCCGAGCCCAUUUAUUAAGUUGACAACAGGUGUAUACUAGUUCUGUGAAAAGUCACAAAAGUCCGAGAGACUGGCUAGUGGCUUAGACAUGGAGCGAGGACAUUGACGAGGACGAAAUCUGCCAUUCUCAACAGGGAAUAGGGUUGAGCACACACUUCUGAUCACGAGCUGCGGUUAUGUCACCGGGUCUGUUCACCACGGUGUGCCGUCCGCUGUGAGGAUGUCCACGCACACGCCAUUUCGUUCCAAAAUUGCGAGAUGUGCUGCGUCACAUACUCGUCAGCAGAAAAGUUUUGGUGAGCUUUGCACUUUUUUGUCCAGGACGUAAACGGUUUGUGUACUUGGACAACCAAGCAGUGUGCACUUGCAAUGCAUUGUUAUGACUGCCGCGCUUUGCCAGAUUAGUUGACUGUUCGCAAUGCCUAUACAGGCACUGUUUCGGACCAGUUACUUGGACAUGUCAAUAGGAUUAGAAUAACGUUGUUUUGUACAUGUUUGUGUUUUGUAUUUUUCUCAAAUCAAAAUGCAUAUGAGUGGGAUGGUCAUCUUGUCAAUCAUGCAUCUCACUGCAGUUCGCUAGUAUCACAUAUUUCGGUGUAGUUAUGGUUGCAUGUGAUCGGAGCAUGCAUCGUACGAUAUUUGUAAAAUCAUGAGCAUCAUUACCUGGGGCGUGUUUCGUCAUCCAAAGGUCUAACAGCGUAGCCAAAACGACAAUCGAGUGUUUUGGUAAAUGUCAGCAGGCUGUACCUGUAUGCACACCAUCCACACAUAUCAAUAUUUACAACACGUGAUUUGUUUAGUCCACUACUUGCAACGCUGUGAUAGAUUCUAGUUUUCAAAGGUUUACUGUUCUAGGCCGGAAGCAAUACAAUUUUAUUCUCACACUGUGUCUGUCCUUAAUGCCACCAAGA